GUGCGGAGGACUACAUUUCCCAGAAGCCUCGCGGGCUCCGCGUUGUUUAUCUGUUCUCAGUCCGCUGGACCACUCCGUCCUGGGGCUGUUAGGAAGGUUGCGGGUUCGCGGGGCCAAGCCAGAGAGGGACGCGGACUCCGCCACGCCCUUGGUCGGUGGAGGAGAGGCCGCCCUGGCCAGGCGGCACGCCAGCUGUGGCGCCCGCGCCGGCCGGAAGGGGUGCAUUGUCGUCCUGUCCUGCUGCUGAAUGUCGGUCCCAGAGGAUGAGGAGAGGCUUUUGCCGCUCGUCCAGAGAUGGCCCCGAGCGAGCAACUUCGUACUGUCGGGCUGCGCGGCCACCGUGGCCGAGCUAGCAACCUUUCCCCUCGAUCUCACAAAAACUCGACUCCAAAUGCAAGGAGAAGCUGCCCUGGCUCGGUUGGGAGACGGCGCAAGAGAAUCUCCUCCCUACAGGGGCAUGGUGCGCACAGCCCUCGGGAUUGUCCAAGAGGAAGGCUUUCUAAAGCUUUGGCAAGGAGUGACACCUGCCAUUUACAGACACGUAGUGUACUCUGGAGGUCGAAUGGUCACAUAUGAACAUCUCCGUGAAGUUGUGUUUCGCAAAAAUGAAGAUAAGCAUUAUCCCCUUUGGAAAUCAGUGAUUGGAGGGAUGUUUGCUGGUGUGGUUGGCCAGUUUUUAGCCAACCCAACAGACCUAGUGAAGGUUCAGAUGCAAAUGGAAGGAAAAAGGAAACUCGAAGGAAAACCACUGCGAUUUCGUGGUGUGCAUCAUGCAUUUGCAAAAAUCUUAGCUGAAGGAGGAAUACGUGGGCUUUGGGCAGGCUGGGUUCCCAAUGUACAAAGAGCAGCGCUGGUGAAUAUGGGAGAUUUAACCACGUAUGAUACAGUGAAACACUACUUGGUAUUGAAUACAACACUUGAGGACAAUAUCAUGACUCACAGUUUAUCUAGUUUCUGUUCUGGACUGGUAGCUUCUAUUCUGGGAACACCAGCUGAUGUCAUCAAAAGCCGAAUAAUGAAUCAACCACGAGAUAAGCAAGGAAGGGGACUUUUGUAUAAGUCAUCCACUGACUGCUUGAUUCAGGCUGUCCAAGGAGAAGGGUUCAUGAGUCUGUAUAAAGGCUUUCUACCAUCUUGGCUGCGAAUGACCCCUUGGUCACUGGUGUUCUGGCUUACUUACGAAAAAAUCAGAGAGAUGAGUGGAGUCAAUCCAUUUUAAGCCCUUAAAGAGACAGUGUUCAGUAUCAGUGAAAUAUGGGCAUCUGCAACACCCCCCUAUUAUUUCUACCUCGUUAGGAAGACACUUUCCACUGCAGAGACUGUGAUUUAUAGGGGAGAGCACUUUGUUUUUCUCUGGAAGCCCGAGUUCCCUUUGACUCCUCUUUGUUCAGAAGCAAUCUGCGUGGAUAACACAGGCCACCCAGUGGACCCAGCAGAGCACUUUCUAAAGACGAAUGCAAGCCUGACCACUUCCCUUGGGAGAUCUGACCUUUGAGACGUUAUUCUGUGCUGAAGAGAAUAACAGGAGAAGUGCCAGUGGGAGACAGCAGCUCAGCUCUGGAGUAGACAAUAGGGAUGGGGAAGAAUACACACAUACAUAGUGACGAAGAAAUAUAUUUAACCCGUUAUGUCAGUAUUUCCCAUUGAAACUUGAUAAUUCACUUUCCUGUUGUUGUUAACGUGCACAUACUGUACAUUACAUAGAAGUGGAUGAAAAUUCAUGAAUAAAUACUUUGAAUUUCCCUAGUGUUGAAGGACGUUAAUGUACCUUUUCUUGCCAGGAAGAUGAAAAAAAUCAAGGUGGUAGGAUGUUUGAAUUUGAAGGAAAGAAGCUGCUUUCUGUCAGCACCCCGUGGUUGGUUAGACCUGUGUUAACUGGUCAGCACUCCACGCACCUGCUGGGGGCUUCUGACAGCCACAGACUGAAGCUUGAUGAAAACAGAGUAUUUACUUUGUCCCAUGUCCCACUACAACCUGGAUUUGUUGCUAGCUCUCAAGAAACUUCAAUAUAUUAAAAAUUCAACUCACUUGAUUAAAGUGCAGGUGGAUAGAUCUUUUUAUAAAGCAUCUUGUUACCAUAAGCCCUUUAGUGGCAAUUUAAAAGCAAGGCUGAGGUUAAGUCAGCCAGUUCUGACAUGUCCUGGUACCCUCUCUUAUUCCCCUUCCCUAACACUGAGGACUCUAGAAAGAGAGAGCCAGAACUCAGAAGUCACACUGAAGCUGUCUCUAGCCUGAAUCUUACUCAGUUUGACAGAGCUUCCUGCCAAAAAGUGAUAAACUGCCUAUGAUAUAGUUAUAUCUCCUUCCAAUCCCUGAAUCACAUCCAUUUUCUAAUUUUAGAAAGAUGAGAGAGUUCUUCAGAUUCACCCGUAUCCACCUGCUCCCCCAGCACCAGACAGUGGGCAUGUCUGGAUGGAUGGCUACAGUUAUGGGUAAAUGUUGUAACUGUCAAAAUAGGAAAACUCAGAAAGCCCAGACCUAAGAAACCUGACCUUGAGGCUAACCAAACAAUCGUUAUGGACCUAGAUGCUGUUGAAAAGGUUUACAGGUGCUCUGUGGUUGCACUAAUGCACAAUCACUGCCAUUGAAGAGGGGAAAUGUAUCUAAAUAUAUUUUCGUGUGAUGUACUAAUUUGCUGAUUUUUCUGUACAGUUUGCAUGAAAUCUUUAGGUGGUGUAGUUUCCCACUGCAUUUGUCAAUCUGUAUGAAUCGAGUUGUUAAAUGCAUUUAAAAUAAUGUUACGUAAUUACAUUCCCAAGUGUUCUGCAUUAGAAACACUUGGAGAACUUCUGUUAUUUUAUGUUUGAUAAUAAUUAAUAUUAAGUAAAGACUUAAUUUCUUAUUAUACUGGAUCAAAAGAACUAUAUGCAACUGUACCCUAAAAAUAUUUAUUUAGCUUUAUAAAUAAAUAAAUAACACUGCUUCGGUUUUUCGGGUAAAAACACUGCUUAAGUACCAAGAUGAUUCUUUGGUACCUGGACUCAACAUGAGUGAUUGGAAUUUUUUAACCUGAAAUGACUCCCUGGAACCAUCUGGUUUAACCCUUUCAUUUUACAUGUUAGAAAACUAAGGCUCAGAGACUUAGAGUUGUUCAUGCUUGUAAGUUACUUAGUAGGAGGGCCAGGAUAAAAAUACAGAUCUAAUUACAACUAA